GGGGAAACUGCCUUUCAUGAUCAAAGUUCUCAAUACAAGAUAAAUAAUGACUACACAUUGCACAGAAAUGUACCUUGUGUAUCAUCAGCUUUGCAGGACAUAGUCUACAUCAUAGUCAAGUUCCUACGAAAUUCUACUGAAAACAGACAGAAAAUCUCAGUUUUGGAUGAUGGCACCUGUGAACACAUGCUUGAGGAGGACAUUCAUUGUUGUGGAUGUUGUUAUAGGGAUUCUGGGAAUUAUUUGGCUUUCCCUGACACUGUUUCUGCAUGGGAUUCACUAUGGCGUCUAUGAGGGUGACGAUUCAGACAUUCAUGGAGUAUUUUUCAUUUUGCACGCAUUUGGAGUUUGGGUCGUGCUGAUGUGUGCAGUGGGUCUUUAUGGCGUCCUCAAGAAGAAACAGUGGGCACUGAUUGUGUUUUCUGUUGGGAUGAUUCUGGUGUGCUUGGUAUUUCUUGUGACAGGAUUAUCUGCAGUCAUUUCGUCAUACGUGCCAGAAGAAAUCGCUAGAGAUGGUUACAUACGGGACAAGCCACUUAAUGAAGAGAGCGAUGCAAUGCAGGCUAAGUUGGAGAGCUUCCAAUCCAUGUUUCAUUGUUGUGGCAUUACAAACGGAACCCAUGAUUGGGGGAAUACGGUCCCACAGUCUUGCCUAUGUCCAGCUCCACUUGAAAACUCGGUGCACUGUAUUAUGAUGUCACGUGAGAGCAACGCAACGGAGGAAGUCCAUGUGUUUGGGCAGUCCUGUUUUCCCUACCUGUACCACAUCCAUUCAGCGUCCCUCAAGAUAAUAUCAGCUUUUAUCUUCGCAAGUCUUCUAUGUGUGGCUGUUUUACCCGUGCUAUCCAUUGUAAUACUGUGCCAAAUGAGAAGAAAGACGAUCGCACCGCCAGUCACUUUUACAACACAUGCAAGUGACUCAAAAUACACAGAGCUCAAAUACGAUAGUCAGAUCUGACUUGCAGCAUAAUCCUUCAUUGCACCAAACCAAUUAGGAUGCUUGUUUUUUUUGCCUUUGAAUGACAGCUAUGUGGUUUUCAUGAUGUAACAUUAAUCGAGUGUCUGCUAUGUAAUACAUUAUUUUUUAUGCUGUAAAUGAAUGUAUUUGUAAAACUGAGAAAAUUACAACAAUAAUAUAUUGUUGAUACAUCCA